GGUUUGGCACGCUUACGACACGGUUCUGCACGGUUUGACUCCCUCAUCUCGCGCUUUCGCUCCGGCCGCUAUUUCGACGGCUAGGACGUGACCGGCUCUGUCUCAUGCCGUCAUGCACAUACCCAGGGUCCUAUGACAAGCGUGCGGGCUUGGCGGUCACACUGCACUCAAAACAUUCAACCUUCCCUCCUUCCGCCCAAAAUCAGAGUGGCUGGCGCAGGCGCAUCUUGCUACGUGUAGGAUAACCAGGAGCUGCGUGGUGCGUAACACUCACAUCUGCGACAAUUCCGGGCGGGAGCUGGGACGUACUGCGGAGGAGUGCUCGACACAGCGCCCACCGAGCAAAUGCACUCAUGCAAGAACUCGCGCGACGGCCAGACCCAAGAGACCAAGCGCUCUCUCCAUACGCUUGUAAAACUGAUUGACGCCUACAAACACACAUUUUGCAGAUAAAUGGAAGCGUCACGCUUGCUGAAAGGCGCGGUUUGACUAGGUGCAAGGGCUGGCCUCGGUAUUUGUAACGCAGCGCCCUGACAAUUAGCGCUUAUGGCGCGACAAAUGGAUGCACGAUCACUGACGAACUCAGCUGCGCUUCGGGCACUAUUAACAGCUUGGUUGGCGCUCUUCUCUGGGUGCUCGGCGCUCGUCGAAUAUCGUGAAUAUCGAAAGCACCUUGACGAGGGAGGCCCAGACUUCAAUGUGUACCUAAUCUGGCGACUCGGCGGACAGCUGCACGUUAGGCAUCAAUGUCUACACAGACAUGAAGGCGAAGUCCACAAUCGUUUGCUUAACGACCACGAAAGCAAGCACCCUUGAUGAGAUUGCAAUUCAAGCGAUCACGUCCGUCGUGGAGGCCUACAAGCCCCUGCGGAAAGAGCUGCAGAAGGAGGCGGCAGAGCGGGCCGCGGCCGCAUCACGCGAGGGCAGCGCCAAGCGCAAGAAGACGCCGGAGGCGACCGAGGUGGCCGCGGCCUUCGCUGCGGCGCACGCGGUGGCUCCGGGCGGCCUGCACCUGUUUGCCAACAAGCUGGAGGACGGCGACUUGGAGGCCAGGGGCUGGGCGGGGCCGGGCGGCACGGGGCUGACGCUGGUGCACUACGACGUGCACGACGUGCUGGAGGACACGCCCCUGGGCAGCUGGUUCAAGGACAAGGAGGAGAAGCUGAGGAGCGGCAAGUACUACUUCAGUCACGUCACGGACAUGAUGCGGUUUGCGCUGGUGUACAAGCACGGCGGGCUGUACCUGGAUGCUGACGUCAUCAUGAUGCGGCCCAUCAGCCUGUCGCACCUGAACGCGGUGGUUCGGCCGCCCCAUACCAUGAUCGAGUGCGCGGUGGUGUACUUCGAGGCGGGGCACCCGUUCAUCUGGCAGGUGCUGACGCACAUCAAGAACCACUACGCCAUCAACGACUGGACCACAGCCGGGCCGCGGGCGCUCACUGUGGUGUACGAGGAGUACAAGUUCCACGGCCCCAACCGGGACGUGUACGACCUGCCUCUGCGCCUGGCGCCCGGCACCUACUACGGCCUGAGUCUGGGCCGCGCCAAGAGCUUCUGGGACAGCGGCGAGGUGGUGCCGGAGGACUUUGCGGGCUGCGAGGCGGUGCACGUGUGGGGCAGCAUCGCCCGCGGCUACCUGUCCCACAGCGGCCGCAAGGACUACUACCUGGAUGAGGCGCACCGCCAGCGCGUGCGGCAGCGCGUGGCGGCGCUGAGGGCGGUGCCGGGCUGCGCGCCGGACGCGCCGCGCCUGGCGCCCGGCGAGUCGGUGGCCGACAUUGCGGAUGUGGGCGCUGCGGGCCUGGGCGGGCACGUGGCGGGGCAGAAGCACAAGGCAGCAGGAGGAGGAGCAGGAGCAGGAGCAGGGGAGGGAGGCAAGCAGGGAGGGGAAGGCGGUGAUGGGGGUGAGGAUGGCGGCGCUGGCGCGCCGCCUCCUGGGGAGGAGGGAGCGGCCGUCAUCGCGCCCGGGUCGUGGGAGGCCGCGUGGUCAACAGCGUUUGGGGACACGGCCAGGAACCCGCAGCACGUGGAGGGCGGGGCAGCGCAGGAGCCGGUGGAGGAGGAGGAGGCGGAAGAGGGGGCAGCUGGAGCCGGGGCAGGCGAUGCCAAGCUGCCGCGACCGGCGGCCUUGGAUGGGGAGGACGACGCGGCUGGGGGCGACGUCAUGCGCGGUCUGUUGCGGGGCCGUUACCCGAACGGCGACCGCGCGGUGGCGGCUAAGGCCACGUCGGAGGGGUCUGGUGGGCGUGGCGGCCGGGCGCUCCGCAGUGCGUGGUGGCGCCACCGGUGAGUGCCGGCAGCUGCAUGGUCGCGUAGACUGUACAGAUGGUGUACACGCACGCGCCAGAGCAAGGCUGGUGCCUUUGUUUGCUAUCGAAGUAUUGGUGUAUGACCAAUCGCAUUUUGAAGUCCUGCUGCCGAUUGAUGUUUUGAGGCCAGCUGCUCUUCGGCAGAGUCCACAAGGACUGUCAGGCGGCACAGUACUCAUACCCGGAUCACCUGGGUAGCCAUAAGCUCACAAUCAUGUCGCAGCGACUACCGAAACGUUAUAAGCUUGGCUCAAAUACUUCGUGGUUGCUGCGGCUCGUCGUCGCUGUGCUGGAGUCGAAUGUGGGGGCCUGGUGUGGCGUCCCAGUUGGAAUGUCGCAGGACUGACCCUGACAUCGUAAGUGUGCGUGGGCGUGUGACCUGUCCUCGCAUGGGUAAUCGAAGUGCUCGCGUGCUCGCCUCGUGUCGCCUGACUACUACGGAGGGCGUAUUGCUGCCUGGCACAUGCAAGCGCAGGAGCGCUGUUUCCGCUAUGCCGGGCUUGUGCUGCAUUUCAUAACACGCAGCUAUUAGUGUGCUGACAGGCGUUGAAGAGCGAACGCCUAUGUGGGGGCUGGCUCGAGAUUAGGUAUACAAGGUUUAUAAAGUUUUCCAUGGGGGAGGAUGGUGCAAAUGGGGGAGGAGAUUGCCUGCACGUAGUACAAGGCGGGGGGUGUUCACUGUAUGAUUACCAGUAUGACGUUCGUGACUUGCGUGUCGUAAGGGAGCGUUAGCCAUGCAGGGCAAUGUCUAGCGGCUAUAAAGGAAAGUUUGAAGUAUACGCGUAUGGGUGACUGGGUGACAGAGCCUGCUGAAGCAAACAGGCGGGGGCGAGCAGGGUGUGAGACGACCGGCAGUGUGGGUGCCCGGUGUGCACGUCGCGCUGUACAGUGAUCGUGUUGGCGUUAGUUCUUUGCCCUUUGGCCGGCGCAUCCUGGUGUAUCCGAUGAUCAGAUGUAACACAUGGAUGCA